AUGGCAACUCUGAAAACACCUGCAAAUUCUCCUUCACCUCGUGAUGAUGCCAUGCAGCUAUACCAAGCUUUCAAAGGACGAGGAUGUGAAACGUCAGUAAUAAUCAAUAUACUGGCACAUAGAAAUGCAACCCAACGUGGGCUGAUUGAACAGGAGUAUGAAACCAAAUACUCGGAGGAACUUAGCAAACGACUUUAUUCAGAACUACAUGGCCACCUCAAGAAAGCUGUUGUUCUAUGGAUGAAUGACCCGGUCACUAGAGAUGCGAAAAUACUAGCGCAAGCCUUGAGAGGAUCUUUAACUGAUCAUAAAGCUGUUACAGAAGUAAUUUGUACGCGUACUACUGCUCAAUUACGACAAAUCAAACAAGUCUAUUCUAAAGAUUAUGGCACUACUCCUGAGCAUGAUAUCGAAUCUAAAUGUUAUGGAGAUCAUAAAAGGCUGCUGCUUGCAUAUUUAAACACGACACGAUAUGAAGGUCCAGAAAUUGAUAAUGUGCUGGUAGAAGCCGAUGCUACAACUCUUCAUACAGCUAUUUCUAAGAAACAUGGAGGUGAAGAUAAAGUUUUCAUACAGAUUUUUAGUGAAAGAAGCAAGGCACAUUUAGCUGCUCUUGGUUCUGCUUACCGUAAAAUGUAUGGAAAGUUUUUAGGAAAGGCCAUCAGACAUGAAACAUCUGGGAAUUUUGAACAUGCCCUUCUGACCAUUUUACAGUGUUCAGAAAAUCCAGCAUUUUAUUUUGCCAAGGUGUUGAGAAAAGCAAUGAAAGGAUUGGGGACAGACGAUACCACAUUGAUCAGGAUAAUUAUGACAAGAGUAGAGGUUGACAUGAAAUAUAUAAAGGCAGAAUACAGGAAGAAGUAUGGGAAGACACUAAAUGAUGCUGUUCAUUCAGACACAUCAGGCCAUUACAGGACCUUUUUGCUUUCUCUUUUAGGUCCCAACCAUUAG